AUGUUGAGAAUAGAUGAAUACCGUAAAUUAUCAGGUAGAUUACUGUCAUACGCAAGAUGGACUGGGCUUGCAUUUUAUUUGCCAUAGAAAUAGGGUUGCACAAUUUAGUUAACUUUCCCAGGUUUUCCAGAAAUCCCAGUUGGAAGAUUCCUGGAAAUGGGAGGGAAUAAGCAGGAAAUUCGGAAUGCUCCAACCGGGAUUUCUGGAAAGCCUGGGAAUUUUGGAAAAGUUACAGAACAUUUUGUAACCCUAUAUAUCAAUGAGUUGAAUUUCAUAUGAUUGAUUUACUACUUGACUUCCAUUCAGCCCCUCUGGCUGAACUGGUAGCAGAUAAACCCAAGAGGUCUGCUCUGAACCAGCUCACCAGGACCCUCCUGCGUAAAUACGACUGUGGAGUGAGACCUGUUCAGAACUGGACCAGACCCACGCUCAUCCACAUAGACCUCAUACUGCAGUCGGUCCUUGAUGUGGUAAAGAAGAACAACAGUAUACGGCCUUAUCUAAAUCAUUCAUUAUUUUAAUAUAAAAUAUACUGUAAUACGAUUACCUGCCAUGCUUCUGGUAAUAUGUAACACAGGAAAUGAAAACAUUGUUGAUGUUGUUGCUCAAAAUUAUAGAUUUUUAUUUUUGUAUGAAAUAUGAAUCUUGUUUCAGUAAAUACAUUUUGACCAUUUGUAUCUACACAUUUCAAUAGUCUGCCCAAACAAUUUACACACAAAAAUAUACAAAAAAUCUACUUUUUACAGGAUGGAAAGACCCAGCAAGUAACCACAAGCAUUUGGUACAGGCAGGUUGGUAUGAAUUGUCUCUUCUAUUAGUGUUAAACAUAGUCCCAAACUGUUUUGCUUGUCAGCAAUCAAGUUUACAAGAUACUGUAUGUAACUUUCAAAAUACAGAAAUCAUCCUCGUAUGAUGCAUUUUGCAUCAUGCAAAAUGCAUCAUACAGGGAUGAUUUCUGUAUUUUGAAAGUUACAUAUCUUGAAAACUUGAUUGCUGACAAGCAAAACAGUUUGGGACUAAUGGACUAAUGAAACAAAUACCAAAAUAUAGUUUUUGGGUGGAAUUUUCCUUUAAGGACUGGGGAGUUUUUCAGGAUAAAAAAGAAACAGAAUGGAGCUAAACACAGGCAGAAUCCUAGAGGAAAACCUGGUCCACUCUGCUUUCCACAAGACACAGAGAUGAAUUCACCUUUCAGCAGGACAAUAAACUAAACACAAGGCCAAAUCUACACUGGAGUUGCUUACCAAGAAGACAGUGAAUGUUCUUGAGUGGCUGAGUUACAGUUUUGACUUAAAUCUGAUUGAAAAUACAGCGCAUUCGGAAAGUAUUCAGACCCCUACCCUAUUCCCACAUUUUGUUACAUUACAGCCUUAUUCUAAAAUUAAUAAAAUAAAAUAAAAUCCUCAUCAAUCUACACACAAUACCCCAUAAUGACACAGCUAAAUGUGAUAUUUACGUUUUGUAUUUUGAAUACAUUUGCAAAAAUUUCUAAAAACCUGUUUUUGCUUUGUCAUUAUGGGGUAUUGUGUGUAGAUGAGGGGGAAAAAAACAAUUGAAUCAAUUUUAGAAUAAGGCUGUAACGUAAAAAUUCAAGGGGUCUGAAUACUUUCCGAAUGCACUGCAUAUGGCAAAACUUGAAAAUGGUUGUCUAGCAAUGAUCAACAACCAAUUUAACCAGAGCUUGAAGAAUUCUGAAAACAAUAAUGGGCAAAUAUUGUACAAUCCAAGUGUGCAAAGCUCUUAGAGAAAAAAAAACUCACUGCUGUAAUCGCUGCCAAAGGUGAUUCUAACAUGUAUUGACUCAGGGGGUGUGAAUACUUAUGUAAAAGAGAUAUUUCUGUAUUUUAUUUUUUAAUACAUUUGCAAACAUUUCUCAAAUGUCUUUGUCAUUAUGGGGUAUUGUGUGUAGAUGGGUGAGAGAAAAAAAAUCAAUUUAACCAAUUUUGAAUUCAGGCUGUAACACAACAAAAUGUGGAAUAAGUCAAGGGGUAUGAAUACUUUCUGAAGGCACUGUAUAACAUGUCUGUCUACAAAUGCAACUUCAACCUUGUCUGGCAUGCAACAAUUGCGUUAUUGAAAGCCAAAACAGUCAUGCACCCAUCUGUCAUGUACUUCAAAUGUGGUCCUCUGUAGCUCAGCUGGUAGAGCACGGCGCUUGUAAUGCCAAGGUAGUGGGUUCGAUCCCCGGGACCACCCAUACACAAAAAAAAUAAAAAAAUGUAUGCACGCAUGACUGUAAAUCGCUUUGGAUAAAAGCGUCUGCUAAAUGGCAUAUUAUUAUAUGAAUGGUCUUGUGAUGCAUUUUCCAUUUAUUUCCUGUUUGUGAUGUCAGAUCUGGACCGAUGAGUUCCUGGUGUGGGACCCCGAGGAGUUUGACGGGAUCACUGAGAUCUCCCUGUCCUCUGACGCUAUAUGGGUGCCCGAUCUCAUCAUCAGUGAAUUGUAAGAAUUGACACCGUAUGUAUUCCUGUUCAAAUUACAUAACAUGUCAUUGGAUUACUCAAUACCCUCACAUUACUCAAUACCCUCAGACUCUUCACAGAAAUGUUAAAUAUUUGGCCUUUUACUUUAAAAUGACAGACUGACAAAGAAGUGUGCUGACCGUAACGGUCAGUGUCUCAUGUUCAACAUACUGUAAGCAGCUGGAACUCCCAUCUAACCCAUAAGUCUGUGGUCUUCCCCCUGUUAGUGUGGAUGUAGGGGAGUCCCCUGCCAUCCCCUAUGUGUAUGUCAACUCGUCGGGGAUGGUGAAGAACAACAAACCCAUUCAGGUGGUGUCUGCAUGUGACCUGGAGCUGUACGCCUUCCCCUUCGAUAAGCAGAACUGCACUCUGACCUUCCGCAGCUGGCUUCACUCAGGUUAGCCUAGAGAGAUGUAAACAUGCUAACGUUACUACCCAGUCAAAUGACUACAUUUACAUUGACAUUUUAGUCAUUUAGCAGAUGCUCUUAUCCAGAUCGACUUACAGUUAGUGAGUGCAUACAUUUUCAUCCAGACUACACAUCUGGAUCUGCACAGAUGGAUGACGUGGCAGUAACACACAAUUAGAAGUGCAAAAUAACAAUGCCAUAUCUUUCCAUAGACAAUAUACAUGCAUUUGGCUAUCACACAUACAGUAUUUAGUAAAUUACAGUAGUUAGUCAUUUAAUAUAGUAUCAAAUCAAUAGCAGGUCAUAUUGACUGAGUGUCAUUAAGGCUUAAUAAACUCUGUCCCUUGACCUUUACCAUCGUGUAUGCAGUGAGUGAGGUGAACCUGACUCUGUGGAGGAGUGCGGAGGAGAUCGCCAAUGAUCAGAAGUCGUUUAUGGACGAUGGCGAGUGGGAGCUGUUGUCUGUGCCCUCCCGCUACUGGCAGCUUCGCCUGGACAACAGAGACUAUGCCCACAUCCAGUUCAAUGUGUGUGCCUACUGUUUACCAGAUAUCUCUUUGUUUCCCUUUAGAUACUUGAUUUGAAGGAAGGUAAUUUUGAAGGAAUACAAAUAUGACCUAUAUGUCUACUGCCAUCUUUAUCCACUUAUACAGCAAUGCAUAUCCAGUCAGUCAGUAAAUAUGGAAUAUGUGAAUAGGUGUGAUAGUGGGAUUUUCUAUAUGGUUUGAUGUCGAUGCAACAAAAAAGUACACACUUCUCUUGUAGGGAGAAUGUGACUGUACAAUGACAACUAAAGCAGAUUGAGUAUCGACAGUAGUUUUUUAGCCAUCCCCUCCUCCUGGUCCUCCUGCUGUGAGGAAGUUAAAGGGAUCAGCCAGUACUUCACGGACGGGAUUAAGCGCUAAUGCUAAUAGAUGAGGCUGAGGCGCGUCCAGCAUGCUGAGAGAGAGAGGCACAAUAAUGAGGCUGUCUCUGUGGCGGCUGAUCAAUGGCCACCUUGUUCUGCCGGAAAAAUGGGCUCUGGGCCCAGCGCAGGUGGGUCUGCAAGGAUAGGCAGGGCUGCUGUUCUACAUUCAGCUCAGGAGGGCACUUAAUGAUGGAGUGUCUAUCCAGCAGGGCUCGUUGGGUUACCUUUACACUAUGGAUCAUUGUAAAAGCGGUUGUUGAUGGGAUUUGUGUGUUUUUGGGCACUGGAGGAGAAUAGGAGGAUAAUACUAUGGAAUAGGGUUUUCUUGUGGGUUCAGUUGAGGAAAGUGAGUUCAUAUUAAUCAAAGUCAAACUCUCUCUUUCUGUCUCUCUCACUUUCCCUCUCUCUCUUUCCCACGCUCUCUCUCCAUCUUGCUCUCUCACUCCCCCACUGGUCAGGUGUUGAUCCGCCGGCGCCCCCUGCUGUACGUGGUGAGUCUGCUCAUUCCCAGCAUCUUCCUCAUGCUGGUGGACAUCAUCAGCUUCUACCUGCCGCCCAACAGUGGCACGCGCAUCACCUUUAAGACCAGCAUCCUCCUAGGCUAUACUGUUUUCAGAGUCAACCUGAUGAACGAGAUGCCUGCCACCACCAUCAGAACACCACUCAUAGGUAUCCUACAUCAGCUCCUUUCCUCAUCUUUGUUUUGAACUUUCUCUAAUAUUGUUUGACACACUAAGCAUGCCAUUCAUACCCAGCCAUGGCCAAUGCUUUGUGAAAUGUGUUGAGACAUAUUUAUGAAGACAUAAUGAAGAUGUGUCCUUUUCUAACAGGUGUUGUUGAUGUUUGGUGUCCUCCAUCCUACAGGUGCGUUCUUUGCGGUGUGCAUGGCGCUGCUGGUGCUGAAUCUAUCCAUCUCCAUCUUCGUGGUGAAGCUCCUCCACCACAACGAGAAGGAGGUCAAGGAGAUGUCAGUGUCCGCCUGCCUCCUCGACAAGUACGGCUCGUCCAGCCAGACCUUCCUCGAGAGCAACUUCACCUCUGUCAAAACACUGGUUGACGUGGAUCAGUGUGGGGGUGAGAGGGGGGCUGUGUUGUUGAGAAGCUUUGUAUUUCUAGGUCAUAGGACAUGAGAGUGACUAGGUAUGAGAAACAAAAGCUUAGCUGGUGGUUGUUUUCCUAACUUACCACCAAUUUAUUUACCUCAGAUUUCUUAUUCUCUUUAAUUUGUAAUGGCCAGCUCUGACAUGUUUACAUGUUGACAACAUCUCUAUCUUCCUCUGUGUUAACAUCAAAUCAAUCAUAAAGAUGAAACACCUUUACAGUAUGUCUACACAUACACCUAAUCACUUACCUUGAUAAGAUGUAGCAACAAAAUAUAUUAUCUUUGGACAUUCAUUUGUCCAACCACAUCAUCACCCCACAGUUCAUGUUGUCCCUCCAGGCUAUGAGUUUGACCUGGCUCCAGAGGAGGACCUGCUGUCCCUGAGCGAGCCCCAGGAGAGUGCUCCACGGCUGGAGAGGCUGCUCCAGGAGGUGGUGGCCCUGCGGCUCUACCUGCAGGAGGGGGAGAGUGACGAUUCUGCCCAGGCUGACUGGGUGGCCCUGUGCUGCAAGGUGGACCUCCUCCUGUUCCGAGUCUACCUGCUUAUCCUGGUCGUCUACACCAGCACUCUGCUGCUACUGUGGGCCAGCUGGAGCUCUGCAUGA